CUUGGCUCUGCCUCGCCUCACCACCCAACCAAUAAUCAUUUGGUUUGUAAUUCUGCCUGCCAAUGGGAAGCCGGAAUACUGCAAGGUGUUGUUGCUAGCGGCGGUUGCUAAGGGACAGAAGUCUGUGAGUGCCUAACGGGACAGAGAGCUGCCGGAAUGGAGAGGAGCGGAGAGGGAAGCGGAGGAGCCAGCAUCCUCGAGGAUGAAAGUGCAAGACUCCGACACCUUAAGCUGGAAAACCAGAGGGCGCUCCUGGAGCAAAAGCAGAGGAAGAAGAGGCAGGAAAUCCUAAUGGUGCAGUCGAACCGUGAUGCGAGGCAGCGGCGUGCCAAGUCUGGGAAAAGCGAGGAGCAGGCUCCCCUCGUUCAAAGUCAGAAACAAAAAUCUGUGAAUUGUGACGUCAUAUUGAAUGGCAUUGACGGGCCAGCUGCUUUCCUAGAUUCUGGGUUUCAUGAGCUAGACUCCAAGAUCCAGGUUUUGACUGUCGGAGAGAGUUGCACUGAUACAGACUCCAAUGUGGGCACAGGGCGGCCCAGCCGUAACGAGGACAGGGCUUCACCUUGUAACAGUGAAAGAAGGGACACACCUGUCUCGGAAGAGGAGAGCACCCAGCCUUUAAAUAGUAUUGGAAGAGAGACACCAGAUCUGGAAAAGGCUCAGCAGAAAUGUAACAGGCAGGCGAUCCUUAGAAAGCCAGAUGUAUCCAAGCGAGACCUCCAAGAGAUGCUUCAGGAGCGAGGUAUAUCGGACAGUCUGAACUUUGAUGAAGAUAUUUCGGAUGAUGAUGAUGAUGCAUGUAAUGCAAGUACUCGUCCUGCUUCAGCUUCAAGCAAGAAGUCUCUUACAGAAACCGGUACAGCAGAGGCCCUUCCCCAGGAUCACUCAGGAGACAUAGGAGAAAUUGGGGACUUAAAGGAAUUUGUACUGCACCCUGCUCCCCGCGGGGUUGUCAUAAAGUGCCGUAUCAGCCGGGAUAAGAAAGGGAUGGACAGAGGCUUGUACCCUACCUACUACAUGCAUCUGGAAAGGGAUGACACUCGCAAGGUCUUUCUGCUUGCUGGGCGAAAACGCAAACGGAGCAAGACCUCAAAUUACUUAAUUUCAAUUGAUCCAACUGACCUGUCACGGGAAGGAGACAACUUUAUUGGCAAGCUGCGCUCCAACCUAAUGGGAACCAAGUUCACGGUUUAUGACAAUGGUGAAAACCCUACUAAGGUCCAGGGACACAUGUCAAACCCUACAACCCGCCAAGAGAUGGCUGCAGUCUGCUAUGAGACCAAUGUCCUUGGAUUUAAGGGUCCACGGAAAAUGACGGUCUUGAUUCCCGGAAUGAACUUCAAUCACGAGCGCAUUCCCUUCCAGCCGCAAAACGAUUCGGAGAGUCUCCUGUCCAGAUGGGGGAACAAGUGUCAGGAGAACAUAAUUGAACUGCACAAUAAAGCUCCUGUGUGGAAUGAUGAUACCCAGUCUUACGUGCUCAAUUUCCACGGACGUGUUACCCAUGCCUCUGUCAAGAACUUCCAGAUUGUGCACGAUAAUGACCCCGACUACAUCGUCAUGCAGUUUGGUCGGGUUGCAGAAGACCUCUUCACACUUGAUUACAGUUACCCACUGUGUGCUUUGCAGGCCUUCUCUGUUGCCCUGUCCAGCUUUGACAGCAAGCUUGCAUGUGAGUGAGAGGCCUGCUGCUACAGCAUCUCCACAACCAAACCCUGCUCUUUCUCUCUCUCUCUCACUCUCUCUCACUCUGCUUGAAGUGUUAGUCCUUUUCCUUCUGCCAACUGUUCAAAGGCUGAGCCUGCCCUAAGCCUGCACCUUUUCUCUUAUGGCACAUAUUGUCCAUUGACUCUGGGGAAGAAGAAGCUGUUGUGCCUUUAUGUUCUAUUAGCCACCUAACCAGUGUAUUUUAUUGGGGCCCCUGUUUUGCUGCUGGACUUGCGCAAAGUGCCCUAUGGUGGCUCUUCAUUUAAUAGUGAUAUAAUAGUCAGACAUACACUACAUUAUAUUCUGGCUUUGUACACUCUGUACUGUAAACUCCCUGCUCUGCAGCCUUUUAUUAUACCUUGGUACGAACUCCUGGUUUUAGCGUUGCUUGUAGCUAUUGAUGAAGGCAACUCUUACAUUUCUAUAUUGUCGUCUCCUGAAAUCCUAGACCUCACAAAGAAAUGGUCUCUCCUUUCCAACAUUUUAUGGAAUACAGUGCUGGUGUGACCUAUGUUAUUUCCUAUUCUGCUGCCUUUUCUAUGUAGAGCCACAAUAUAUCUUAAUUUAAAUAAGCAGCUGUGGAUGAGUGUCGCUCUUAAUGGGAAUAUUGCAAGGAAUAUAUAGCUUAUUUGGGGGUACACGUUUACUUUGCAUACACUAUACAAAUUCCCUGCUCUUUGGUAGGGGAGAGGGAGUAACUGGAAUGAUAUAACUGCCCUUUUUUAUUUCCCUGAACUUUUAAGAUGAUUUUUUAGGUGUUUUAUGAAUAAGUCAGCAUUUUAUUAUUUGAAAAACCUUUUAUACCCUUCCAUGAAAGCUAAGUAUACA